AUGUCUACAGUAGUAACAUCAUCCUGUGCUGGUAAUGGGUUAUCCAACAGCCCGCUCUCAGUUUUUGCAAAUAAAUUUUUUCAAGAUUAUGGCAUUGCAUCCUCAACAAGGAAAUUGAUAGAACAAGGAAGAAAUACGACUGAUUCCUUUCGUCUUUCAAAUCUUGAAAGAAAAUGGCAAGAGACCGGGAGAAAUAAUUAUAAUGAAGGGUUGAAUGGCUGGAAUCAUUUUAUUCAACAGAGUGAAGAUAAUGGGCCAAUUUUGAUGAAAGGAAUCAACCAAGAAAAUUGGCUUACGACCGAAUUUAUGAUUUCAGAACAAGAUAUCGAGGAAGAAGAGUUUCGGCAAGAAUGGAGUGAUGAGAAGUUCACCGAGGUUUAUAUCAAACAACGUGGGCUGGACCAAUCUCAUAAUGACAAAACUUCACAAAACAUACCGAUACGUUCCUGCGAGCGUCCUUUCGUUAAAGAAUUUAUAAGUAUUAUGGCGUGCAAAGAUUCAUCCUUACUCCAUUUUUCACCUGAAGAGUAUUCCUCGUUUAUAGCCAAUGAUCAUACUAUCACAUACAAUACUCUACAUAACGACUUAUUCCAAGCUCAAAUUUAUCUCCUUGAUCACCUUCUGUUUACUGUCUUAGAAUACCCAAUGACAACGACUUGUAGACCCUCCCCAGAAGCAGAAUGGAAUUGGGCUAGAUUAUUUUCACCAUCACGAUGGUGUAGUAAUAAUAAGAACGACGAUACUAAAACGUUAGAUGGUGAAUACCUACAAAAUGUGGCACUAGAGAGGUUGCAACUUUUACUGGGGCAUAUAAUUGACCCUGAUAUCGAUCGGAAUAACGAAACGAGUUUUCCAAACGAUAUCAGCCAAAAUACCACUCAAUACCAAAAUACCAAUCCAUUUAUUAUUACGGAAUUUUCUAUCACAAUCAGCUACGUUAUCAAAAUUCACCGUACGAAGCUGCCACGCAAGGAUGCCUUUGCAACUGUCGGAGUUCAAAAUCCUGUUGAUUUACCGCAGAUUGUAGUUAUUGGCUCUCAAUCAAGUGGUAAAAGUUCAGUAUUAGAGAAUAUUGUGGGACGUGACUUCUUACCUAGAGCUGCAAAAACUGAAGAUAACCCAGGUAAAGAUGUGAAAGACACACCUGUGAAACCUGUGAAACCCGUGAAUGGUAAAGAACCUGUGAAUUGUAAAGAACCAGAAACAUUAAAUAAUGAAGAUGAGUGGGGAGAGUUUUUACACAUGCCUGGCGUAAAAUUUACUGAUUUCAACAAGAUUCGUGAUGAGAUUGUCAAGGAUACUGAAGCCAAAACGGGAAAAAAUGCUGGCAUCUCUCCAGCACCUAUAAACUUAAGAAUAUAUUCACCUAAUGUACUUACAUUAACACUUGUUGAUUUGCCUGGACUUACAAAGGUGCCCGUUGGAGAUCAGCCAAAGGACAUUGAAAAGCAAAUCAAAGAUAUGAUUUUGAAAUAUAUCACCAAACCUAAUGCAAUUAUUCUUGCAGUUACUGCUGCCAAUACUGACCUGGCUAAUUCAGAUGGGUUGAAACUGGCCCGUGAAGUAGAUCCCGAAGAUGUCGUUGACAUUUUGGCAGGCCGUAUUAUUCCUCUGCGUCUCGCCAAAAUUCAAGCAGUGCUAACAAAAUAUCUUAUGGAAUUACAAUCACUUGGGGAUCCUUUAGAUGAAGGUCUUAAUAAUAGUGCCAAUAUUGUCCUAAAUAUUAUUACAGAAUUUUGUACAGAAUUUCGCACAAUCAUUGACGGCAAUUCCAAUGAACUUUCUACUUUCGAGUUAUCUGGCGGUGCACGUAUUAGUUUUGUUUUUCAUGAGGUGUUUGCUAGUGGUAUAAAGACAAUAGAUCCUUUUGAUCAAAUAAAAGACCGCCUAGAGGAACCUAGUUUAAAAUGUGUGACGUUAGUAUACGAAGAAUUGGUUCGAAUUUUAUCUCAAUUGUUGCAAAAACAAGUAUUCAUUGCAUCUAUUAAUGAAAAAUAUAACCCAAAGCCCGCAAACCCUGCAGAUCCAAAAACAGGCCGUGGAAGUAUUAAUAAUCUUACUAAUCCGAAUCCAAAUUUGUCAGACUCCGAAUCAGGGAACGCUGGAUUCUUUGGAAGUUUCUUUACAGGAAACAAAAAGAAGAAAGCUGGUGUCAUGGAACCUGCUGUUAUGCUUAAUCUUGUCUCACAUACCAAAGAAGAACUCCAACGAGAACUGUUGCAAGAACUAUAUAAAGCAGAUGUUCUUGAUGAAUUACUUAAAGAAAGUGAAUACACUCAACAAAGGCGAAAAGAGUGUAAAAAGAUGAUUGAAGCCUUGCAAAAGGCCGAUGAG